CUAAUGGAUAAUCUGCUUGGUCUCCUACGUAUCCACGUCAAACGCGGGAUUAAUCUCGCUGUACGCGAUAUGAAUACAAGUGAUCCUUACGCCGUUGUCAAGUUAGGUCGACAGAAAUUUAAGACACGCGUGGUCCCAAAGGACGUGAACCCUGUAUGGAAUGAAGAUUUAACCCUUUCAAUUUCCGAUCCAAAUCUUCCAAUUAAGUUGACAAUAUACGACCAUGACACAUUCAGUAAGGAUGAUAAAAUGGGAGAAGCAGAUUUCGACAUAAAAGAUUUCGUGGAAGCAAUGAGAAUGAAUAUUUUAGGGCUCCCCGAAGGAACUGUACUGGCAAGAGUGUCGCCUUCUAGGCAAAAUUGUCUUGCAGACGAAAGUUGCAUUUCUUGGACAGAAGGAAAAGUGUCUCAACAUAUGAUUCUUCGUCUAAAAAAUGUCGAACGUGGAGAAGUUGAGAUCUCACUUCAUUGGAUUGAUCUUCCUGGUAGCAAGGGCUUAUAAUGAAACAACAUGUUGCAUGCAAUACCUCCCAAUUCUUGUCCAUUUUUGUUGUAGAAUAAUGGGAAAUUAUUUAUUUCCUCACUAACUGGCUGGUUAUUUUAUUUCUCAAAUUAUAUUAUUUAGUGUCUAUAAAUAAUUUAUGGGGUAACUUUUAGUAUUUGUU